CUUGGCACGAUGGAAACGCUAUCAAAUUUCGGCCAAGUGGCACUGAAAUGGGACCCAAAGAAUCUCGAAAUACGCACGAUGUCGGUGGAAAAAACGCUCGAACCGUUGGUACUACAGGUUACUACGCUCGUGAGUACGAAGGGUCCGAGCAAAAAGAAAAAGGGCAAAUCGAAACGCGCAAGUGCGUUAGUUGCCGCCGUCGAAAAGGCCACCGACAUUUUCAUCGAGCGCGGCGAACAGAUUGCCUAUGAAAACCCGGACAUCACGCAGGAGAUGCUGUCCGCGGUGGAGGAAGUACGUAAAACGGGUUCCGCCAUGAGCAUUGCAGCGCGUGAAUUUUCCGAAGAUCCGUGCAGUUCGCUGAAGCGCGGUAAUAUGGUCCGUGCCGCCCGGAACCUGCUGUCCGCCGUGACGCGUCUACUCAUCCUAGCCGAUAUGGUCGAUGUGCAUUUGCUGCUAAAGUCACUGCACGUUGUCGAGGACGACCUUGACAAGCUGCGGAACGCUUCGUCCCAGGACGAGCUGAUGAACAACAUGCGCCAGUUUGGCCGCAACGCAAACGAGCUUAUUAAACAGGCCGCUAAACGGCAGCAGGAGCUAAAGGAUCCACAGCUGCGUGAUGAUCUGGCAGCGGCCCGGGCUGUGUUGAAGAAACACUCUACGAUGCUGCUGACGGCGUCGAAGGUGUACGUCCGCCAUCCGGAAUUAGAUCUGGCCAAGGUGAACAGGGAUCAUAUACUGAAGCAAGUGUGCGAAGCGGUUAACACGAUUAGCGAUGUGGCGCAGGGUAAGUCCUCACAGCCCCAGGAUGUAUACGUUGGGGCGGGUGAGUUGGCGGCCGCUUUGGACGAUUUCGACGAGGGCAUUAUUAUGGAUCCACGGGCCUACAACGAAGUACGCUCCAGGCCAUCGCUCGAGGAGCGACUGGAGAGCAUCAUCAGUGCAGCGGCCUUAAUGGCGGACGCGGACUGUACCCGGGACGAGCGGCGGGAGCGAAUUGUUGGUGAAUGCAAUGCCGUACGACAGGCACUGCAAGACCUGCUGUCUGAGUACAUGUCGAACAUGGGCACGAAAGAUCGCACACCGGAAUUGGAGCGUGCCAUCGGGCACAUGUAUCGUAAAACGAAGGAUCUACGCCGUCAGCUGCGUAAAGCCGUUGUCGAUCAUGUUUCGGACUCGUUCCUGGAAACCAACAUGCCCCUGCUGGAUCUGAUCGAAGCGGCACGUGGUGGCAACGAGAAGGUGGUCCGCGAGCGGGCCGACAUAUUCACCAAGCAUGCAGAAAAGCUGGUCGAAGUGGCAAAUCUCGUGUGCAGCAUGUCGAACAACGAGGAUGGCGUCAAGAUGGUACGAUACGCCGCGGACCAGAUCGAAACGCUCUGCCCGCAGGUAAUAAAUGCGGCACUCAUACUGGCCGCAAGACCCAACUCGAAGGUAGCGCAAGAAAACAUGGAAGCGUACCGUCAGGCCUGGGAGAACCAAGUGCGUAUCUUAACUGAGGCCGUCGAUGACAUUACCACGAUCGACGAUUUUCUGGCCGUGUCGGAAAAUCACAUCCUGGAGGAUGUGAACAAGUGUGUGCUGGCACUGCAGGAAGGCGAUGCACUGGAUCUGCGCAAUACGGCUGGCGCCAUACAGGGACGAUCAGCACGCGUAUGCAACGUGGUGGAGGCAGAGAUGGACAAUUACGAACCGUGCAUUUACACCAAGCGUGUACUGGAAGCGGUAAAGGUACUGCGCGAACAGGUGAUGUCCAAGUUUGCGCAGCGUGUCGAUGUAGCCGUCGAUGCGUUAUCUUCGAACUCACCAAAGGAUGUGGACGAGAACGAUUUUAUCGACGCGUCCCGUCUUGUGUAUGACGGUGUGCGUGAAAUUCGUCGAGCUGUACUGAUGAACCGGAGUUCCGACGAGUUGGACACGGACACGGAGUUUGAACCUGUCGAGGAUAUGACUGUCGAAACGCGCAGUAGAUCGAGCGCACAUACCGGAGAUCAAACUAUUGAUGAGUAUCCUGAAAUUAGUGGCAUCACAACCGCUAGAGAAGCUAUGCGUAAGAUGAAUGAGGAAGACAAGCAGAAGAUUAUGCAGCAAGUUGAACUGUUCCGCCGUGAGAAACUGACCUUCGAUUCAGAGGUCGCCAAGUGGGACGAUACCGGAAACGAUAUCAUCUAUCUGGCCAAGCACAUGUGCAUGAUCAUGAUGGAGAUGACGGACUUUACGCGAGGACGUGGCCCGCUGAAAACGACGAUGGAUGUUAUUAAUGCGGCUAAGAAAAUUUCCGAAGCCGGCACCAAGCUGGAUAAGCUGACGCGCGAAAUCGCCGACCAAUGUCCGGAAAGCUCGACCAAGAAGGAUCUGCUCGCGUAUCUGCAACGCAUCGCCCUGUACUGUCAUCAGAUUCAGAUCACCUCGAAGGUGAAAGCCGAUGUGCAGAACAUCAGCGGUGAACUGAUCGUGUCAGGGGUAAUGCUGGACAGUGCGACCUCACUCAUUCAGGCCGCAAAGAAUCUGAUGAAUGCCGUCGUGUACACGGUGAAAUAUUCGUACGUUGCUUCCACGAAGUACACGCGACAGGGAACGGUUUCGGUAAGUUCACCAAUCGUCGUGUGGAAGAUGAAGGCACCAGAAAAGAAACCACUGGUGAGGCCCGAAAAACCGGAAGAGGUGCGUGCCAAGGUACGACGUGCGUCUCAAAAGAAAACACAAAACCCUGUACAUGCGCUUUCGGAAUUCCAAAGCCCUACGGAUGCUGUCUAAAAA